AUGGGUGACUUCCACAAGAGCGUCGAGCUUAUCAAGUCCUGCAACGCACUGUCCGACGCACGAGAUGUGGAGCGGUCCACUCGGCUCGUCUAUUCGGAUCCACUGCCCGCUUACCUCUCGAAUCUCCUCAUCCAAAUGUACAGCCGGUGUGGAAGCAUCCACCACGCGAAAGAGAUCUUCGAUGGCAUCCAGGAGAAGGAUCGCUACUCCUGGAACUUCAUGCUCACAGCUUAUGCCCGGCACAGCUACGUCAGGGACGCUGAGCGGCUCUUUAAUACCAUGCAGUGGCGGGACCAGGUGGCGUGGACUUCCAUGCUCACCGCAUAUGCCCAGACCGGGCAUGUUGCCCAGGCCAAGAGUCUGUUUGACCAGAUGCCGGACAGGGGAUUGGUCGCGUGGACUGCCAUGUUGACUGGAUUUGCGCAGAACGGACACAUUGACGGCGCAAAGGACAUGUUUGACCGGAUGCCGUACAGGGACAUUGUGACGUGGAAUGCCAUGCUGGCGACGUAUGCCCAGAACGGGCAUGUGGACGCUGCAAGGGACGUUUUUGACUCCAUGCCGUACAACGACCUGGCGUCGUGGAACGGGCUGCUGCAGGCGUACGCGAGGGUGGAGCGUACGGAGGAGUGCGACCGCGUGGUCAAAUCAAUGCCCAUGGUCAACCUGAUGACGUGGACGACGUUGCUGGCCGUGCAUGCCCAGGCCGGGCAUCUGGAGAGGGCCCAGGAGGUGUUUAAUGGCAUCCCGGAGUGGAAUCUUAUCUCCUGGACUGCGAUAAUGGCGGCAUAUUCCAGGCACGGUGAGCUAGAGCAGCUCAAUCGGAUGUUUCGCAAGGUUGACGAGAGAGAGAAGGACGUGGUUUUGUGGAACACCGUGUUUGUGGCUUACGCGCAGAAUGGGAAUUUGGAGAUGGCCAGAGCGCUCUUUGAUCAGAUGCCAAAGCGUAACAUUGUCUCGUGGACUGCGAUGCUCUCGGCUUACAUGCAGUGGGAUUGCUUUGAGGAAUCGAAGCUCCUGUUUGAUCGGAUGCCCGAGUGGAAUCUUGUGGCACACAAUGCAAUGCUCGCGGCGUAUGCGCAAAUUGGUGACACGGCCUCGGUGAAGAGAAUGUUCGAUGCCUUGGCCGAGAGAGACUUGUUCUCGUGGACAGCUAUAAUAUCGGCAUAUGCCCAGGCUGGGAAUCUGGAUGAAUCUUUGCGACUGUUUUCUAGGAUACAACAGUGUAAUUUGGUUUUGUGUAAUGCAAUGCUUAGUGCGCAUGCCUCAAAUGGAGAUUUGGCGGGGGCAAAGAGGUUUUUGUCACAAAACAUGGCUGUGUGGGAUGUUUUCUCGUGGAACACUAUGCUGACUGGAUAUGCACAAAGUGGACAAGUGGAGGAGGCCAAAGAAAUAUUUGACACGAUGCCCGGCAGAGAUUCUGUGACGUGGAAUGCCAUGCUUGCGGCAUAUGCCCAGAAUGGGUAUCUUGAGGAGGCCAAGAUUCUCUUUGAUGGCAUGCACGACCAAAAUCUUGUCUCUUGCAUCUCCCUGCUGGAUGCAUAUUCCCAAAACCGGUAUCUGGAGGAUGCGAAGCGCAUAUUCUAUGGUAUACCGGAUAAAAAUCUGGUGACUUGGAACUCUAUGCUAACUGCAUAUGCCCAAAACGGUCAUUUGGAGACGGCAAGUGUUGUUUUCAAGCGGAUGGUGAUUAGAAAUCUAGUGACUUGGAACACCAUGCUAGCAAUGUAUGCCCACUGUGGACAUUACCAACUUGUUCUGGAUAUUUUCAAGGAGAUGAUAUCUCAAGGAAUUAAACCUGAUGAGAGCUCGUUUGUUUUGGUUUUGGUUGCUUGCAGCCACGGGGGUGAUGCUCAUGUGGGUAUUAAUUUUUUCAGAUCUUUUAUUGUUGAUUACGGUAGCAUGGAUCCGUCAAAGGUUCUUUACGGUUGCAUUGUGGAUCUACUUGCACGAGGAGGGUAUCUUGUUCACGCAGAAGACCUCAUCUUGCAUAUGCCUUUUUUGCCAGACUCAAGAGAUUGGAACUGCUUACUUAGCUCUUUUGCUAACUUUAACAGGCAGCUUAGUAAAAAUCCCGAAAAAUCUCUGUUCCCAGGUAGACAAAGAUCUGGGCUUGAUCUAGAUCUGAAAAGUGCUGCCCCUUAUGUUCUCUUGUCUAACAUGUUUAAGGCUGUUAGGUUGUGA